AGGAUGAAGGGGGAGGGACCCAGGGGACUUGUCCUCUUCAUCCCUCCAGUCUUACCAAUAACAGCGGCUCUGCCUGUUCCUCUUCUCUCCCAGCAGGGAACCUCCCUGGGUUGCUGAAAGAGGCCAAGAAGGAGCUGGCCCUCAGGAAGCCACCUUUGACUCUGGACUCUAGCCAGGCUGCCGGGAUGCAGGCUGCUGGGGCCUGGCUCCCCCUUCUGCUGCUGUGUCUGCUCCUGCUGCUGCAUGCCUCCAAGGGCCAGAACCUGACUCAGAACUGCAGCCAGGACUUAUGCAACAAGACUUGCGGUUGGCAAAACUGCUCUGACCACAAACUCUCCGCCGGGCCCAUUGUGGGCAUCACCAUGGGCUUGGUGCUGCUGCUAGCCGGGGUCGUUGUGGGGACCGUCCUGGGGAUCCGCAGGAAACGGCGCUGGGUUGGCCCUGAGACCUCUUCUUGGAAGCCUUCGGAAAGCGGCUCUGCCCCGGGCUGGCAACCCCAUUAUAGCAGCCGGAGUGUCGGGCAGUUCACUGCGGCCACUACCCCCAGCCCCUCGGCUGCCCCAGGCCCAAGCAACCCUGGGGCUCUGCUCUAUGAGAACUUGUUUCUGGGCUCCCAGCCCAGCAGUCAGAGCCCGAAUCCCAGUCCGAGCCGAGGGGCUUCGCCAGAUCCCGAGGCCCUCUACAUGAACUAUGAGGACAGCUCCAGGGCUGAGCAUCCUAUCUAUGGCAACGUGAAUAAUCUGACCUGCAUCCCAGAUCCCCAAGCGUCCCAUCAUCCCGAGGCUGAGGAUGAGGAUGAAUACGUGGUACCAGGGUGCUGAACUCGCCAGACCGGGAAUCCCAGCUCCAGGGACCCAAGGCCAGCACCUAGACUCGGCCGGAUUUUAUGCGAAUCAGCCAGCCAGCCGGGAACUGAAGAGAGUUUGGGCAGCCCCGAAAAUGUAAUAGAAAUUCGGUAUAGGCGGAAAUA